AUGGCAACUACAAAUCUUCAAUUUAAAACAAAUUUCGCUGUUUUCAGCAAAAUAGAGCCGUUUUACAAAGGAGGGAAAGUGCAAAUCAGCAAAGAUGAGAAGUUCAUCUUUUGCAUAUGUGGCUCUCGUGUCAAUGUUUUGGAGAUCAGCACAGGCAAGAUUGUCCACUGUGUUGAGCAUGAUGAUCAAGAGGACAUCACCUCAUUUGCUUUGAGUUGUGAUGACGAGCUGCUGGUAACAGCCAGCAGGGCUCUCCUGCUGAAGCAGUGGGACUGGAGGCAGGCCACCUGCACUCGCUCCUGGAGGGCCAUUCACACGGUUCCUGUGGCCAGUAUGACCUUCGAUUCCACUUCCACCCUUCUGGCUACAGGUGGCUGCGAUGGCACUAUAAAGAUCUGGGAUGUGGUGAAACAGUACUGCACUCACAAUCUUAAAGGAUCAUCUGGUGUAGUUCAUUUAGUCCAGUUCCACCCAGAUAUCGACAGGCUGCAGCUCUUCUCUUCCUCUCUUGACUGUGGCAUUCGCCUGUGGGACCUGCGCUCCAGCCAGUGCGUGUGCGUGCUGCAGAGCCACUUUAGCGCCGUCACCUCUCUCAGCUUCAGCUGUGACGGCAGCACCAUGGUCAGUUCUGGGAGAGACAAAAUCUGCACAGUGUGGAACCUGAAGAAUCGACAAGCCAAGAGGACUGUUCCGGUUUAUGAGGCUGUGGAGGGGGUGGUCGUGCUGCCUCAGAAUGAAGACCUGUCUCAGAUUGGAGUGAAGAACAAGAACUUGCAUUUUAUCACAGCUGGCAGCAAAGGUGUCCUGCGGGUGUGGGAUGCCAGCACGGCUUGCUGCGUUCACACUCAAACUCUGCCAUCCACCCUCACGGCUGGCCCCAAAGAUGAAGAGGAGGAAGACAACUCUCGCAGCCUGACGUACCUUUUUCACCUUCCCGCCUCCUCCAGACUGGCAGCAGUCACUGCAGAACAUAACAUACUCCUCUACCAGUUGCAGUCUCUCACCACACAGCAGCAGUUUGUGGGUUAUAACGACGAGGUGCUGGACGUGAAGUUCCUGGGCAAAGGAGACAGUCAUAUUGUGGUGGCCACCAACAGCUGCCAGCUCAAAGUGUUCGAGCUCCUCAACAACAGCUGCCAGAUCCUCUACGGACACACAGAUACUAUCCUCACUCUGGAUGUAUUCAAGAAAGGAUCUCUGUUUGCAAGCUGUGCAAAGGACAGGUCAGUGCGCGUGUGGCAGAUGGACAGCGACAGUGGCCAGGUGAGAUGCGUGGCUCAGGGCUCCAGCCACACCAACGCCGUGGGCUCCAUCAGCUGCUCCAGGAUUAAAGCGUCUUUCCUGGUGACUGGCAGUCAGGACUGUACGGUGAAAGUGUGGGACCUACCUGCAGAGUUCUCUACCACAGAGGACGACCUGUAUCAGCUGACUCCCCGAGCAACAGAGAAGGCUCAUGAUAAGGAUGUAAACAGUGUCGCAGUAUCUCCUAAUGACAAGCUGCUGGCAUCGGGUUCUCAGGACCGCACAGCCAAGCUGUGGUCUUUGACAGGGGAGGGAAGCUUGGGCCUCUUGGGGGUGUUUCGGGGCCACCGCCGCGGCGUCUGGGCCGUCUGCUUCUCUCCGGUUGACCAGGUUCUGGCGAGCUCUUCCGCAGAUGGCACCACCAAACUGUGGAGCCUGCAGGACUUCAGCUGCCUCAAGACAUUUGAGGGCCACGAUGCAUCAGUCCUUAAGGUCAUCUUUGUGAGCCGUGGCACUCAGCUGCUGACCAGUGGCUCAGAUGGUUUAGUGAAGCUGUGGACCAUAAAAACCAAUGAGUGUGUGAAGACGCUGGAUGCCCACCAGGACAAAGUGUGGGGUCUUCACGCCAGUCGCAAAGAUGACAAGAUGGUGACGGGCUCAGCUGACUCCAACAUCACAGUGUGGGAGGAUGUGACCGAGGUGGAGCUGGCAGAGGAACAGGCCAAGCAGGAAGACCAGAUACUCAAGAAGCAGGAGUUGUCAAACCUGCUCCAUGAGAAGAAAUAUCUGAAGGCACUGGGUCUCGCCAUCUCUCUGGACCAGCCUCACACAGUGCUCACGGUUAUUAAAGCGAUUCGUCAGGGCGCCGACGGCCAGGAGCUGCUGGAGAAGACGGUGCUGAAGCUGCGAGUAGAUCAAAAAGAGUCCCUGCUGCGCUUCUGUGUGGUGUGGAACACCAACGCUAGGAACUGUUUGGAUGCCCAGGCCGUCCUCAGGGUGCUGCUCACACACCUGCCCCCCGAGGAGCUGCUGCAGUACCAGGGAGCCCGGACACACCUGGAGGGCCUCAUCCCGUACACAGAGAGACACAUGCAGAGGAUUGGCAAUCUGCUGCAGGCCUCCAUGUUCCUAAACUACAUGUGGCAGAAGAUGAGGGUGGCUGGAGCGACUGUGAGUGUGGGCCAAGACGAGGACAUGGAAACUACUCCUCUGGCACUGGGCCAGCCUCUGUUUGUGGUUGACAAAGAGAAAGAAAAGAGCAGCGUUGACGAGAGGCUCGACCAAGACAAUCACAGUGAGCAAGACGAGGACCCAAGUGGCCUCAUGGAAGACGAAGAGUACGCCGAUGAGGUUAGUGCCACCAAGAAAGCCUCGACCCAUGAGAGGCGGAUAGAAACCAAUGGCAACCACCAUUCUGAAAGCGAGGAGAGCUCCGAAGAGGAAGAGACAGAAGAAAAUGACAGGGAGCAGGUGCAGCUGGUGAAAAAUGUCCCAGUUUCUUGCGUAACACAGUGUCAGACUUCAAGCUGA